GUAUGCAAUAGCGUCAAGAAAACCAUACAGUUACAUUCUUCAAUUUGCGAUAUGUCUUGGCCAGCUUUAUGGAUGCUUGGUUUACUUCAUAACUGCAUUAUUAGAAGGUGACAACUUCUCAACAAGCCCAUAUUACUAUUGGGCAUACUACAUUGGAGCAAACAGCUCGUGGGUUGUGAUACCAACACUCAUUGCAAUCAGAAGUUGGAAGAAGAUUAAUGCAGCAUUUCAAGUUGAAAAGAAGACAAAGGCUCUAUGAGGUCUUGGGGAGUGGAAAAUUCCAAAUUUCCAGUGAAUGACCUCCUUCUUUACGGUUCAUGCUCUUUGUGAAACCAGAUUUCAUUGACCAAACUCUUGCAUUACUGUGGUAGGGUUUAUCGUUUAUUGAUUUAUGAGGCCACAGAAGCUAUGUUGUUCAAAUUUAACUUAGCACUGCGUAAGAUUUGAAGCAUGCGACACUUUAAAUAUUAUGGCAUCAGGAAAUUUGCCAUCUGAUGAUGUUCAUUUGGGAAUGAAUGUUACCUUAUUGUC